ACAGAGCACAGUGGGCUUUCGAGUCACUUGAACUGACACCGCGCGCCGGGAAACACUGUGCUUGCGCAAGAUAGCGCAAGCUUCUUGAACCACCCAAUUCUACUCUCCUCCAGACAGUCAGACACUCGCGAUGGCGCCAACACAACCACAACCAGAGACCGCCGGCGCGGCGGUCAACCAAAAGCUGCAGUCCCACCUCCCGUCCGCCGUCGCUGAGAAGCUGCCGCAUAUCCCAGAAACGAAGGAGGAAUUGACAGCCGAGAUCAAGGCCGAGGCCAAGGCAGCAGCAUCGUCGGGCCUGUCGCAGCUAAGGUCGUUUGUCGCGGGCGGCUUCGGUGGCAUAUGCGCCGUCGUCGUCGGCCAUCCCUUCGACCUGGUCAAGGUGCGGCUGCAAACGGCUGAGAAGGGCGUCUACUCCAGCGCGCUCGACGUGGUCCGCAAGAGCGUGGCCAAGGACGGGUUGCGGCAGGGUCUCUACGCGGGCGUGAGCGCGCCGCUGGUGGGUGUCACCCCCAUGUUCGCGGUCUCCUUCUGGGGCUACGACCUAGGCAAGUCGAUCGUCCGCGCGACAAGCACCGUUGCGCCCGACGGGUCCCUCUCGAUCGCGCAGAUCUCGGCCGCGGGCUUCUUCUCCGCCAUCCCCAUGACCGCCAUCACGGCGCCCUUCGAGCGCGUCAAGGUGAUCCUGCAGGUGCAGGGCCAAAGGCAGCUCGCCCCCGGGGAAAAGCCGAAAUACUCGGGCGGCAUGGACGUGGUGCGCCAGCUGUACAAGGAGGGCGGGGUGCGGUCCGUGUUCCGCGGAUCGGCGGCCACGCUGGCGCGCGACGGACCCGGCUCGGCCGCCUACUUCGCCGCGUACGAGUACAUCAAGCGGAAGCUGACGCCGCGCGACCCCGUCACGGGUGAGGCGAGCGGCAAGCUGAGCCUGACGGCCGUGACGUGCGCCGGCGCGGCCGCCGGCGUGGCCAUGUGGAUCCCCGUGUUCCCCGUCGACACCGUCAAGAGCAGGCUGCAGACCGCCGAGGGGAACGUCACGAUUGGCGGUGUCGUCAGGGGCUUGUAUGCGCAGGGCGGGUUCAAGGCCUUCUUCCCUGGCUUCGGCCCGGCGUUGGCGAGAGCGGUGCCGGCGAAUGCGGCGACCUUCUUGGGCGUGGAGCUGGCGCACCAGGCGAUGAACAAGGUAUUCAACUAAUAACGGCAUGGAGGUACUGGUGGCGUGCUUGUGUUUCCUUUAUUAGAAUAUAGACCUGCAUGCAUGCUGCCUGCCGCUUGGUACCUGGACAUCUUUCCUCCCGCUUGUCUUCUCUGGUGUUGUGGGUUGGCCUCACCAUCCUGAUGCUUUGUUCUUCGCAGGUCCUCAUGAAAUGUUGCGCUCUAGAA